AACCUGCAACCGUGCUCUGGUCACCUCAUCAUCCCCGGGGCAGGCAGGCAGGCAGCCGAGUCAAAGCAACACGACGAGCCGAGAAGACGCCGCCCGGUCGGUUGCGUCGUGCGCGGCGCCGAGCUCCCAGGCGACGCCACCUGUCCCGCUCCCCCGCGCCACGCACCCAAAAACGUAACCGAUAGUCCUCGUCGUUCCGUUUCGAUCGACUUCCUUCCUUCCUUCCAUCGACUCUCUCUCGCUUUAUUCCCUUCUCCUCUCCUCUAGUAAUCUCGCUUCGCUUCUCCAGAAUCUCUCCCUCCUCCCUCUCACCACCAACCCACCCCGCAUUUCGCUUCGCUUCGCUCCCGUCCCGCGAUUCGAUCGCUCGCUCGCGCCGUCUGCCUCCCAUCCCCUUGCCCACCAUGGGCACGUCGCCGGGGACCAGCAGCUACGACUGCUCCUUCAAGAUCCUGCUCAUCGGGGACUCGGCCGUCGGCAAGAGCAGCCUCCUCGUCAGCUUCGUCUCCGCAUCCCCCACCGACCACGACAUCUCCCCCACCAUAGGAGUGGAUUUUAAAAUCAAGUUUCUCACUGUCGGUGAGAAGAAACUGAAGUUGACAAUAUGGGACACCGCUGGCCAGGAGAGAUUUAGGACAAUCACCAGUUCUUACUACAGAGGUGCUCAUGGAAUUAUUCUAGUUUAUGAUGUCACAAAGAGACAAAGUUUCACCAAUCUUGCUGAUGUAUGGGCCAAGGAAAUAGAAUUGCACUCAACAAACAAAGAGUGUGUUAAAAUGCUUGUUGGAAACAAAGUGGACAAGGAUGAGGAAAGAAUGGUGACAAGAGAAGAAGGUCUUGCUUUUGCACAGGAAUGUGGAUGCCUAUUUCUCGAGAGUAGCGCCAAAACAAGAGAAAAUGUGGAGAAAUGUUUUGAAGAGCUUGCGCUAAAGAUCCUUGAGGUUCCAAGUCUCUCGGAGGAAGGAUCUUCAGUCGUUAAGAGGAACUCACUGAAACAGAAGCAGGAGAACAAUGCAAAACACGGAGGAGGAUGCUGCCAGUAGAUCCAGCAAUUUGUGUGCAACAGACUCAAAACCCCUAGAUCUAGCUUGCUCUUGUUUUCUGAUGUAAAUGAGUUGUAUCUAAGUGCUCAUUGACGCAGCCAGUGCGAGUAAAGGGAGAAAUAACCACUUGAGGUUUUGGUGUGAAUGGUGGGAAUUGAUCUGUACAAAAAAGAAAAUGUUGUCCCUAACCCUCUUGAUCUGGCAGCUUGCUUUACUGCUUGUAAGACCCAGCGAGCUGAUCCCUUCCAUCGUAUUAGUAUGAGUGGAAGUCAGGAAGUGUAUAGCCGGUACAUAGUGCACCUUGUUUUCUUGUAGCAGGUAUCUUUGGUUUUCUAUGAAACAUGUGUGAUCUUGUAUAAAACAUUUAAACUGCAGUUACAUCAUUUCUUCAUUUCUUAA